UAGCAGUUGUGAGAAGUGAGAUCAAGGCUGAUCUAGUUCUCUCAUCCUUUAGUUUUUUUCUUUGAGAAGUGAGAGAGAGAGAGAGAGAGAUUGGUCUUGGAUCAAAUUUUUUAGAGAUUCACUUCUUCUUCUUUGACAGACAAAUUAAAGUCAUGGCCGGCCUGUCCCUGCAACACCCCUUGCCAUUUGCCUUUGGCAUCCUAGGCAACAUUAUCUCCUUCAUGGUUUUUCUUGCCCCAAUCCCAACAUUUUAUCGAAUUUACCGAAAGAAAUCAACAGAGGGGUUCCACUCGGUGCCAUACGUGGUUUCAUUAUUCAGCUGCAUGUUGUGGAUCUACUACGCCUUUGUCAAGACUGAUUCCCUCCUCCUCAUCACCAUUAACUCCUUCGGUCUGUUCAUCGAGACUACCUACAUCACCAUCUACCUCAUCUAUGCCCCCAAGAAAGCUAGGGUAUUUUGCAUCCAAAUAUUCCUGCUUUUGGAUGUGCUAGGCUUCGCUGGGAUAGUUCUUUUAACUCAACUGCUAACUAGUGGCUCCAAGCGUGUGGUUUUACUUGGUUGGAUCUGUGUUGGCUUCUCUGUUAGUGUUUUUGCUGCUCCACUUAGCGUCAUUAGGGUCGUCAUACGCACCAAGAGCGUAGAGUUCAUGCCAUUCUUUCUCUCAUUCUUCCUCACUUUGAGCGCAAUUGCUUGGUUCGGAUAUGGCCUGUUUACCAAGGACAUCUAUGUUCAGCUUCCCAAUGUGCUAGGAUUCUUGUUUGGAGUCGCACAAAUGUUGCUCUACGUAGUGUACAAGAAGAAGAAGAAUGUCGUCGUGGAGCCAACCGUGCCCGAGCACAUAGUGAAGAUAAUGGAACUCACUGCCGCUCCUCCUUCAGAGUUGCUACAAUCGACUGCACUCUGCAACUUAAAGAAAGUGGACGAAAACACUGAAGGAGGCUUGGACAAGGCAAAGGGGCCCAUAGGCGAGGGCUUUGAGAUCAUCCCAAUCAUCACAGUCUCUUGACCCUUGUGGAGCUGAUCGCACAAGAUAAUUAACAUCAUUAUAUGAUUAGAUAUGAAUCAUGACUUACUUCCACUACAUGUUUCCUUUUACCAAUUUCCAUGUCAUAGGGUUUAAAUUAGUUCCAUGCUAGCAAUCUACCAUAGGAUUAUGCAUGCAUGCAUCUACCCCUCUAUUUGUAUGCCCAAAAGAACAAAAAAAGUGUGCAAGUGUAUGCUUAGUUUUCGCAUUAAUAAAGGUUAUCUUAGCUUCCUUUUCUC